AUGAAUCAUGUAUUAAUAUAUCAAGACCAACAACAAUGUCUUCAGUAUAUUGAAUCUCUUUUAAAAGACGAACGAAUUAUUUUGAUCGUGAAUGAAAAUUUAGGUCGAGAAUUUCUUCUUCAAAUAUCUCAAUUUCAUCAAAUCAUAUCUAUUUAUAUUUACUGUCCAAAUAAACACGAUCAUGGACAAUGGAUACAACAAUAUUCCAAAAUCAAAGGCGUAUUUGAUCGAUUAAAUAAUUUAAUUCAUCAAAUACAAUCCGAUCAAAUUCAACGACAACAUUAUAAAUUUGAUGAACCAUUAUCAAUCGGUAUAUUUAAUUUAAAUGCUCAUGAAGAAGGACAAUCAUCAACUAAAUUAAAUGAUGAAUUUAUUCAUUAUUAA